UCUGUCCAUCUCCAGACUGUGAGAAUAAUUGACAGCAGUGGAUUGACUGCUGCUGUCAGCGCGUCCCCUCGGAUCCGCCGUGAAUCUGCAGGCGGGCACCCGGAUGUGGCGAAAAUGUUUGGCGCUCCUCUCUCAGGGUUUGCGCUGAAAACAUUUUAUAAUUCAGGUUAACGGAUCGGUUCAGGCUCGCGCGUUGACACCUUUGGAUGUUUUUCUUCCAACGAUGAGUUGGAUUUAAAACGAACAUUUUCAAUGUGGAUUCGAGGAUGCAAGAAGCAGAUGAACAGUCUGAAGGGGCACAGCAUGCCAGCAAAAGGACCACUCACUCCACCGACGCCUCGGCUCUCUGGUCAGAAAGCCACACCCAUCUGCACCAGCUCCAUCCAACUGAGCCCUUGCAGGCCCCGCCCAGCACUGGAAAGCCCGUCGGCUCCUCUUGCGGCCUCCUCGGGUCCAACAGUGGCAUUCAGGACCCCGAUGGCACUGGUUCCGGUGUUAGCCCCGUCCUCGCUUGGCAUACCGCCAUUAGCGCUGCUCGCCAGGCGCAGGGCGAUGUUGCAAAGCCCGAGAUAAGUUCACAGCCCUCAGUGUGCACCACUGGACCAGCUCCUGUGGGCUCACUAGCACAGAGGAAGAGGCAGCAGUACGCCAAAAGCAAAAAGCAGGGAGGUUCUACAAACAGCAGGCCACCCAGAGCUCUGUUCUGCCUCACCCUAAACAACCCGAUCCGCAGAGCUUGCAUCAGCCUGGUGGAGUGGAAACCAUUUGAUAUCUUUAUACUGCUGUCUAUUUUUGCCAACUGUGUGGCCUUAGCCAUUUACAUCCCCUUCCCCGGAGACGACUCCAACUCUACCAACCAAGAACUGGAAACAGUAGAAUAUGCCUUCCUGAUCAUUUUCACAAUAGAAACAUUUUUGAAGAUUAUUGCCUACGGCCUGGUCAUGCACCAAAACUCCUACGUCAGAAACGGCUGGAACAUGCUGGACUUUGUCAUCGUCAUAGUGGGGUUGUUCAGUGUGGUUUUAGAGAUGAUAACUAAGGACGCUGACUCUGGCGGUCAGUCUGGGGGCAAACCUGGGGGGUUUGAUGUCAAGGCCCUCCGAGCCUUUCGCGUGCUACGACCCCUUCGCCUUGUCUCUGGAGUUCCUAGUUUACAGGUGGUUUUAAACUCCAUUAUUAAAGCCAUGGUUCCCCUGCUUCACAUUGCUCUGCUGGUCCUCUUUGUCAUUAUCAUCUACGCCAUCAUCGGCCUGGAGCUCUUCAUUGGCAAAAUGCAUGCCACAUGCUACGUGAUACAAACAGGUGCCCUCGCAGAAGAAGAGCCCACACCGUGUGCUGUAUCAGGGCACGGCCGUCAUUGCCUGCUCAAUGGUACAUUUUGCAGAGAGGGCUGGCAAGGCCCCAACAACGGAAUUACCAACUUCGACAAUUUUUUGUUUGCCAUGCUCACAGUGUUCCAGUGCAUCACCAUGGAGGGCUGGACCGACGUUCUCUACUGGAUGAAUGAUGCAAUGGGCUUUGAGCUGCCGUGGGUCUACUUUGUCAGUCUGGUCAUCUUUGGAUCCUUCUUUGUUCUCAACUUGGUUUUGGGUGUGUUGAGCGGAGAGUUUUCCAAAGAGCGAGAAAAAGCCAAGGCUCGGGGAGAUUUCCAGAAGCUACGUGAGAAGCAGCAGUUAGAGGAAGACCUGAAAGGCUACCUGGACUGGAUCACCCAGGCUGAGGACAUCGACCCUGAGAACGAGGAGGAGGGUGACGAGGAGGGCAAGCGAAACCGGGUCACGCUGGCUGACCUCACUGAGAAGAAGAAAGGAAAGUUUGGCUGGUUCACUCAGUCCACAGAGACACAGGCGAGCAUGCCCAGUGAGACAGAGUCAGCGACCACAGAGAAUCACAAUGGAGAGGAAAACAAGUCACCCUGCUGUGGGCCGCUGUGUCAAAAAAUUACUAAGUCAAAGUUCAGUCGUCAGUCGCGACGGUGGAACCGUUUCUGUCGCAGAAAGUGUCGUGCAGCCGUGAAAUCGGUGACGUUUUAUUGGCUGGUCAUCAUCUUGGUGUUCCUCAACACUCUCACCAUCGCCUCUGAGCACUACAACCAGCCGGACUGGCUGACGGAAGUACAGGAUGUUGCCAACAAAGUUCUUCUGGCGAUGUUCACCAUGGAGAUGCUAGUGAAGAUGUACAGCUUGGGGCUGCAGGCGUACUUUGUGUCCCUGUUCAACCGCUUUGACUGUUUUGUGGUGUGUGGAGGCAUUGUAGAGACCAUCCUGGUGGAGCUUGCCAUCAUGUCUCCACUGGGCAUCUCUGUAUUCCGUUGUGUACGACUGCUUAGGAUCUUCAAGGUUACACGUCAUUGGGCAUCUCUUAGUAACCUGGUGGCCUCUCUGCUUAACUCCAUGAAGUCCAUCGCCUCACUGUUGCUGCUGCUCUUCCUCUUCAUCAUUAUUUUCUCCCUGCUUGGCAUGCAGCUUUUUGGGGGCAAGUUUAACUUUGAUGAGACUGUGACCAAAAGGAGCACGUUUGAUAACUUCCCCCAGGCCCUGCUCACUGUGUUCCAGAUCUUGACAGGAGAAGACUGGAAUACGGUGAUGUAUGACGGUAUCAUGGCGUACGGCGGUCCGGCAUCCUCUGGAAUGGUGGUCUGCAUUUACUUCAUCAUCCUCUUCAUCUGUGGAAACUACAUCCUGCUAAACGUCUUCUUGGCCAUCGCUGUUGACAACCUGGCAGACGCAGAGAGCCUCAACACAGCACAGAAGGAAGAAGAGGAGGCCAAGAAGAGGAAGAAUAGUGUCAAGGACGCAAGCACAGAUAAGAAGAGAGUUGAAAUAAUAGACGUCAAUGAUGGAGAGACCAAGGUGCCAGCGGAGGCCUUGCUGGAGGAAGACAAAGAGUCAUAUCCUGCCAUCCACUCUUCAGCGUGUGAUGAUGACGACGAUAAGGGCGUUCUCCCAGAAGUCCCGCCAGGGCCUCGCCCUCAGAGGCUGUCUGAACUCAGCAUCAAAGAAAAGACUCUGCCCAUCCCGCGGGGCAGUGCCUUCUUCAUCUUUAGCAGCACUAACCCGUUUCGUGUAUUCUGCCAUAAGCUGAUCAACCAUCAGAUCUUCACCAACCUCAUCCUGGUCUUCAUUAUGCUCAGCUCUGUCUCUUUGGCUGCUGAGGACCCAAUACGCAACUUCUCUGCUCGCAAUAUUAUACUUGGUUAUUUUGACUAUGCUUUCACCGCAAUCUUUACUGUUGAGAUCCUGUUGAAGAUGACAGCGUUUGGAGCGUUCCUUCAUAAAGGGGCGUUCUGUAGAAACUACUUCAACCUUUUAGACCUGCUGGUCGUUGGUGUGUCUCUGGUCUCCUUUGGCAUUCAGUCCUCUGCUAUCUCAGUGGUGAAGAUUCUCCGUGUUUUGAGAGUCCUCCGUCCACUCAGGGCUAUCAACCGAGCCAAGGGACUUAAGCAUGUGGUCCAGUGUGUGUUUGUGGCUAUCAGGACCAUCGGCAACAUCAUGAUCGUCACUACGCUGCUGCAGUUCAUGUUCGCUUGCAUCGGAGUGCAGCUCUUUAAGGGGAAAUUUUAUCGCUGCACAGAUGAUGCAAAGUCCAGCCCAGAGGACUGCAAAGGUACCUACAUUCUCUACAACAACGGGGACACAGCACUGCCCAUGGUGAAGGAGAGAAUCUGGUACAACAGCGACUUCAACUUUGACAACGUCCUUAUGGCCAUGAUGGCUCUUUUUACUGUCUCCACGUUUGAAGGAUGGCCCACUCUACUCUACAAGGCCAUCGACUCUAACAAAGAGAACAUGGGUCCCAUCUACAACUACCGCAUUGAGAUCUCCAUCUUCUUCAUCAUCUACAUCAUCAUCAUCGCCUUCUUUAUGAUGAACAUCUUUGUCGGUUUCGUUAUUGUCACCUUUCAAGAGCAGGGGGAGAAGGAGUACAAAAACUGCGAGCUGGACAAGAACCAGCGUCAGUGUGUGGAAUAUGCUCUUAAAGCUCGUCCUCUGCGACGCUACAUCCCCAAAAACCCUUACCAGUACAAGUUCUGGUAUGUGGUCAACUCUACUGGCUUUGAGUACGUCAUGUUUGUCCUAAUCAUCCUGAACACCCUGUGUCUGGCCAUUCAGCACCAUGGUCAGUCUCACCUGUUUAACUAUGCCAUGGAUAUCCUCAACAUGGUCUUCACUGGGGUUUUCACUGUGGAGAUGAUCCUCAAGCUCAUCGCCUUCAAACCCAGAGGCUAUGUCGGGGACGCCUGGAACGUCUUCGAUGCUCUGGUCGUGAUUGGCAGUGUAGUCGACAUCAUACUCAGCCAGAACUAUUUUGCUGAUGCAUGGAACACGUUUGAUGCCUUAAUUGUUGUGGGUAGCGUGGUUGACAUUGCCAUCACUGAGAUCAAUUCGGCAGCCAUUCCUGUCGUCAAGGUGAUAGUGGAGCCAGGGAACACGGAGGACAGUGCUCGCAUCUCCAUCACCUUCUUCCGUCUGUUCAGAGUGAUGCGAUUGGUCAAACUUCUGAGCAGAGGGGAGGGCAUCAGGACUCUGCUGUGGACCUUCAUCAAGUCCUUCCAGGCUCUACCCUAUGUUGCACUCCUGAUAGCCAUGCUGUUCUUCAUCUAUGCCGUAAUUGGGAUGCAGGUGUUUGGAAAAAUAGCCAUGGUGGAUGGAACACAAAUCAACCGCAACAACAACUUUCAAACCUUUCCUCAAGCUGUCCUGAUGCUUUUCAGGUGUGCCACAGGUGAGGCCUGGCAGGAGAUCAUGCUGGCCUGUCUGCCAGGGAAGCUGUGUGAUUCAGAGUCGGACUACAACCCUGGAGAGGAGAGAACCUGCGGAAGUGGCUUCGCCAUUAUCUACUUCAUCAGCUUCUACAUGCUCUGUGCUUUCCUGAUCAUAAACCUGUUUGUUGCUGUCAUCAUGGAUAACUUUGACUAUCUGACCCGUGAUUGGUCCAUUCUUGGACCACAUCACCUGGAUGAGUUUAAAAGGAUCUGGUCCGAAUAUGAUCCUGAAGCAAAGGGCAGGAUAAAACACCUUGAUGUGGUGACUCUGCUGAGGAGGAUCCAGCCUCCGCUGGGCUUCGGCAAGCUCUGCCCUCACAGAGUGGCCUGUAAACGUCUGGUGGCGAUGAACAUGCCCCUCAACAGUGAUGGGACAGUCAUGUUUAAUGCCACCUUGUUUGCUCUGGUCCGCACUGCUCUCAAGAUUAAGACUGAGGGUAACCUGGACCAAGCCAAUGAGGAGCUUAGAGCUGUGAUUAAGAAGAUCUGGAAGAGGACCAGCAUGAAACUGCUGGACCAAGUGGUACCCCCUGCAGGCGAUGACGAGGUAACAGUGGGGAAGUUCUAUGCCACCUUCCUGAUACAGGACUACUUCAGGAAGUUCAAGAGGCGCAAAGAGCAAGGUCUUGUAGGAAGGCACUCAUGGGAGAGGCUGAACACAACCAUGGCUCUACAGGCCGGCCUGCGCACGCUGCAUGACAUUGGACCAGAGAUCCGGCGAGCCAUAUCUUGUGACCUGCAAGAGGCAGGGCUGGUAAAUGUUGAUAGAGAGGAAGAAGAGGAAAUCUACAGGCGUAACGGCAGCCUUUUUGGGAACCAUGUCAACCAGGUCAGUGCUGAACAGCAAGGCUACUGCCACCCAACCACUGUCACCCAGCGGCCGCUACAGAUCCUGCCCUUCUGUAGUGCCUCAACUGAACCCACCCAAACAGGCAGGAGAGCCAGCAAUGUGGACAGAGGAGGGGAGACAGAGAUGAACUCUUCACCCGUCCUGUAUAACCAUCAUUAUCACUCUCCUCAUCCGUAUAAUUAUCCUCACUGUAUUUCCACUUGCCAUCAAUCGCCAAUACCCUCCAAUGCCAACCUCAACAAUGCCAACGUGCCCUCACUUUUCUCCAUGACCAAUGGGAGGCAGCAGAAGUGUUUGUUAAGGCAAGACCGUCCGUCCUCCACCAAAAAUGGAUCAUCAGUGUCCACUGACAGCAAGAGCAAACUUUGGAAGUCACACUCCACAAGGACACGCUACUAUGAGGCCUACAUUAGGUCAGAAAGUGGCGGUGGGCUCUACCCCACCAUUCGCCGAGAAGAGCCAGGGGGCGGGGACAGCGAUGAUGAGCGAGGCUCGGGAGAGUACUUCAGCGGGGAGGAGUUUCACGAAGACGACAUCAUGCUCCCAAAGGACAGGUUGCCCAACAAGGAACACCAUGAUGCAGAGGGAGACUUUAACCUCGAGGUUUCCAAGGGUGACCACCAAUCUGAUGGUUACUAUGAUGAUGACCAACUGCCCAUCUACCAAGAUGGCAGGCGGUCACCCAGGAAAUGGAUUUUACCCUCUCCUCGAGCCUCCAACAGGCCAACAUUCAGUUUUGAGUGUCUUCGCAGAAAAAGUAGUCAGGAAGGCGCUCCUCCCUCUCCAUCCUGUACAGCUCUUCCACUGCACCUGGUGCAGCAACAGGUAAUGGCAGUGGCUGGUAUCGAUGCGAGCAGAGUUCACCACUUGUCCCCUACGCGGUCGCUUUGCUCCUGGGUCACGCCUCCUGCCUCACCCAUCAGCCAUGACUGCUCGCCGUGCUACACACCACUCAUACAGGUGGACUGGCGUAGUCCCGGCAGCAUCGGCAGCAUCCCCGGAGCAGUGAAGAGGAGUUCAUGGUAUACAGACGGCCAGGACGGUCCUACCAAUCCCAGCCACUCUCCAUCACUUCUGCAGUUACCUGCAGACAGCUGCUCACACUUCCUGCCGAAGAGAGGCAGCGCCAACAGUGUGGUGGAGGCUGUGUUGAUCUCUGAAGGUCUGGGGAAAUUCGCCAGGGACCCCAGGUUUGUGGCAGUGACGAAACACGAAAUCGCAGACGCCUGCGAGAUGACCAUCGAUGAGAUGGAAAGCGCUGCCAGUAACCUGCUGAACGGGAGUGUGGGCAACGGCAAUGCUGGGGAAACAGCGAGCGUCAGCUCGGACCUACAUGCCAUCGCACAUCUUAGAGACAGCAGUAUCCAUGACUACAGCGACGAGGAGCCGUACGUUGCUCUGAAGUGCGAGGAGGACCUAACAGACGAGAUGAUAUGCAUCACGUCGCUAUAGCAGAGACUCACACUGGAUUAUUUAGGUUUUUUCAAUUGAAAUUCUACAACUAUUCCACAGUAAGGUGAUGUCUUCUCAGGAGUACCCUGCAAUAGACAGAACAUGUUUAACAUGGAUGGAUAAGAGAACAAAGUGCCUUGUUUUCUCUUUCUGUGGAUUGAUGAAUGGAACUGUAGGAGAGAUGAGAGAAACGGAUGGCAACAUGGAAGAGCUGAGUUAAAUUAAGCAAAUGUUCAAACCAGAGGGAAUCUAUUUACUCGCCAGCCUGCCUGUCAUUUAGCAGGAAUUCAGGAUACUUCUUUAAUAUUGAAAGUGGUUUGAUACAGCUAAAUAACCUGCCAGCCUCAAAAAGCCAGUCCAGAGCCCUUGUCAAGUUUUGUAUAUUUUUAUUGUUUUAGCUCUGUACUGCAACACAUUGGAUUAAACAACUUUAAUGGCUUUGAUUUGAGGGUGUUUGCAUCCAUAUUGAGUGAACAAUGUUGUCAUUGUUCUGCAGCACUGUCCUAAAAUUGUGUGACUUUGUACAAACAAAGCCAUGUAUCGUACACUGUUCGCUCAAUAUGAAGUCAAUGAAACAGAAAAUGUGUCACCUUUUUGAACACAUUGAUAAGUGACUGAAAGAGUGAUGCUGGCUU